CGGACUCAUCUGAUGUUAAUCUUUCUUCUCUUUUUUUUUUUUUUUUUUUAAUUCCGAAGCGCAGAGCUAAAUUAUCUUCAGGGUUAAUUCACUCUGUCGAAAAAUGAGACGUGAAGGCUUCACGCUCUGAUGGCGCUGAUGACAGCGGCUUAUUUUCAGUCAUCUGCGCCUUGCUGCGCGGUGAGAAUUAACCCACCUAAUGAAAUAGAGAAAUCAUUUGUCUGAGCGGGUCACUCUCAUGUGGGUUUAAAUCGGAGCACACUCGCUCACCUCCGCCACAGCCCCCUCCCCUUCCGCGCUCGCAUCUCUCUGCAAGCCCUGCACCUGCGCGUCAGAACAUCGUGGCAACUCUUUAAACCGCUCUUCUCUCACACACAAGUGGCUGCAGAUCGUGGCGACCUAACCGAAGCGUUCACAGGUCCAACUCUACUUCUCCAGCAGCUCUCUCAUUCCCACUGACAACAACGGCACGGGCACAAACUUUUGGCGUGAUUUUUACGCACAGAUUCUCUCACCCUGAAAAUAGUUGUUUUACGGUUCCGACAGCGCGGUUAUCUGAGAACUAAACGGAGGAAUCAUGCAAGUUUAUGUGGCAGUGAUAUUCGCUUAUGGAGUCUCAGCCCUCAAUACCACAGAGGAGAAGGCGACAUGCCCACUUGGAUAUUUCCCCUGUGGCAACUUGACUGUCUGCCUCCCUCAGCCUCUGCACUGCAACGGCAUCGAUGACUGUGGGAAUCAGGCAGACGAGGAGAACUGUGGGGAUAAUAAUGGCUGGCCCCAUCUUUUCGACAAAUAUUUUGGCUUACCAAGCCCUAACGCCAGGACCAAGUCGAAUACGUGCUUGCUGGGUGUUGUUCCUGAUUUUUGCCAGUGCCGAGACCUGGAGCUGGACUGCGACAGCUCUCAGCUUCAAGAUAUCCCUGUGGUGCCGAUAAAUGUCACCAUGAUGUCCCUACAAAGAAACCAACUUCAGAGACUACCAGCAAAAGGCUUCUUUAACUACCAGAACCUACAGAAACUAUAUCUGCAGCACAAUAAAAUACAAGAAGUGAGUCCCGACGCAUUCAGAGGGCUUUAUAACCUCACAAGACUAUAUCUGAGCCACAACAAGAUCACUGCCCUGAUGCCAGGAGUGUUUAAAGACCUUCACAAGCUGGAGUGGCUGAUACUAGAAAACAACAGUAUCCAUCAGAUAUCCACCAUGACAUUUUCAGGCCUGAACUCUCUCGUUUUAUUGGUUUUGCUGAACAACUCUUUGACAAGAUUGGAUGACAUCUGUCGAGAAAUGCCCAGACUGAACUGGCUAGACUUGGAGGGAAAUCUUAUUGAAAUGAUUGGAAAUACCUCCUUCUGCUCAUGCAGCAUGUUGACAGUUCUGGUUUUACAGCGGAACAGGAUCAGCUACAUACACGAACGCGCUUUCUCUGUCCUGAAAAAGCUUGGAGAAUUGGAUCUAUCCAACAACGGACUGGUGGCAAUUCCUCCCAAUUUAUUCAUCUUACUGGAGGAUUUGCUUCAACUAAAUAUCUCCUACAAUCCCAUCCUGGAGCUUCAGGUGGACCACUUUGACAAGCUACAUAAAUUAAAGUCACUGAGCAUAGAGGGGAUCGAAAUCGGAAAUAUACAUCGAAGGAUGUUUGAACCUCUGAAAUACCUGACUCACAUCUAUUUCAAGAAGUUCCAGUACUGUGGUUAUGCCCCUCAUGUGCGCAGCUGCAAGCCCAACACAGAUGGCAUCUCUUCAUUUGAGGACCUGCUGGCCAACAUCGUGCUAAGAGUGUUUGUCUGGGUUGUUUCUGCCACAACGUGCUUUGGCAAUAUCUUUGUCAUCUGCAUGCGUUCCUACAUCCGCUCUGAGAACAAACUCCAUGCCAUGUGCAUUAUCUCCCUCUGCUGUGCAGAUGGACUGAUGGGUAUUUACCUUUUCAUGAUUGGUGCAUAUGACCUGAAAUUUCGUGGCGAGUACAACCGUCACGCUCAGGCCUGGAUGGACAGCAGUCAGUGUCAGGUCAUUGGCUCUUUGGCCAUGCUUUCCACCGAAGUCUCUGUCCUACUUCUCACCUAUCUCACUCUGGAGAAAUACAUCUGCAUUGUGUAUCCCUUCCACUACCUAACUCCUGGCUGGCGACGAACCGUCUCCAUCCUGACUGGGAUUUGGGUGUUCGGCUUUAUAGUUGCCUUUCUGCCACUGGCCUGCAAGGGAUUGUUUCGCAACUUCUAUGGAACAAACGGAGUCUGCUUCCCUUUGCACUCUGAGCAGCCUGAGACGCCUUGGGCUCAUGUUUACUCCAUUGUUAUUUUCCUUGGACUCAACUUGGUGGCGUUCCUCAUCAUUGUCUUCUCCUAUGCAAGCAUGUUCUAUAACAUCCAAAGAACAGGAACUCAGACCACAAUGUACAGCAACCACAUCAAGAAAGAGGUCACCAUCGCCAAGCGGUUCUUCUCCAUCGUCAUCACGGAUUCCCUCUGCUGGAUUCCCAUUUUCAUCCUCAAGAUCCUGUCACUGCUGCAGGUGGAGAUUCCUGGUACCAUCAGUUCCUGGGUCGUCAUUUUCAUUCUCCCCAUCAACAGCGCCCUGAACCCGAUCCUCUACACUCUAACUACACGACCUUUCAAAGAAACUAUUCUGCAGGUGUGGGCUAACUACAGGCAGAAAAGGCCUCUUCUCAGUGGCCAUCCGCCACAUCAUCCAUCCCUCACGUGGCAAGAAAUGUGGCCCCUGCAGGAAAACAGUCACGCCAUCUCCCCGGGACUUCCAGUGGAUGCGACAGACACAGCGGCCAAGCUCACCCCUGUGGAGACUACAGAAGAUGGACAUAAUGACAUUACCACGUGUACAAAACAACAGCUAAAACAGCACACUGUGUUGUCGGUUUGCUCACAUAAUAAAGUAGUCCCACACACUCUCACACAUAUUCAUACAUUGACUCAAACUAACGAUCUACUCUAAGUGUCUACGAGCACAGCUACAUGUUUUGGUUGUAACUUCUGUGCACAUCAUUUCCACCAGGUAAAUGUUCCAUGCUCAUUCAGUAUUGUGAUUUAUAUUUGUCCUUUAAAGGUGUGGGAGACACGGUUAUUCAGUACAUUUGCAGUUGUGAAAUGAAUGCCUUAUAGGUCGUACUUAGGGCAUCAAAAAGCUCAGAAUUGCUUUUUUCAGCAUAGACAAGUGUUGAAGUCUUAUUUCCUGUAUUUGGACAUCUUGCCUUGGAUUGGAUGACAGCAACGUGACUACCACUGACUUGCUACGUGGAUGUUUUAUCUCCGCAAAUAUCACAAGCCUGGAGGAGUUUUUCUGUGUGGUGAACUUGCUAAUGCUAACGUUAGCUUGUACUAGUGAGGACAUUGUCUGCUGGUUUCUGGACGUUAAAACAACUGCCGUGAGAUCGGUGAGUCCAUGAAUGCUAAUUAACAUAGAUCUGUCAGGCUUUUCAAAUCCUUGAGUUUCACUGUCUGUUUUCUCUCAAAAUUUAAUGCAGCAGAUAGGUGUAGGAGACGAUUUCCAUAUUCAGUCUGCAUGAAAAACUCAAGAGUGACAAAUUAUAAUCAGAAGUAGUCAUAAAGAAAAGGUUUUUCACUGAACUACACCUUUAAAAAAACAAGGAUUUUUGCAGUUAACUUGUGCCCAGAUUUCAUUGCUUUUUUAUGUAUGCUCAAAAGUCCAACCCAUCAUGUUGUUUAGUCCUUUAGAAGUCAAAUUCUUUGCAUCAUUUGUCCAGGCAGCAACCACAACCUAGAUUAGGCCUCUGUAGAAAAUGCUGAUGCAGCGUGUUUUCUUUGUGUUCAGGUUUUGCAAAAAUAUGUCAAGUAAAUCAAAGCUGCUACAAGAGUAUUAACAGCAGUGAAAGUAUGGAUCAAUAGAAGUAUUAUGGUAAACACACUGGAAUGCUAGUCACUUGGGUUUUGAAAUAUGUUUAAAGGAGUUUUAUGUAAAAAUUUAGUAAAAACGACAUACUCUGGCCAAAUUUGGUUAGUGCAGCUCUUUUUCCAAACAAGAGUAAGUAUCUCACACCCAUUCUACUACUUCCAUGGCUGUUGCCAGCUACAAUAAGCACCAGAAGAUUCUAGAUGACACACAUACACAAUAAGUGGAUGUGUAUAAGGACAUUUCGCUGUAAUAUGGAGUUGUUGGUAAUUGAAAAAGUUACUUGAUUAUUUUAGAGCUGAUUAUUUUUUUCUAAUUAACCGUUAGCAACUUUACCCUCAAGCCUCCUUCAAGAUAUAGAGUAAAGCAAAUAGAUGCAGUGGCUUCUUAAGGUAACAAAAAUGUCUGGAUCACUACUGUCACUGGCUUAGGUUAUUUACAAAAUACUUUACAAAUGCUGGUGCUUCAGUGUUAGCUCCCACAGACUCGACAACCUCACAGGCUCACAGAUAGUAAACAAAGAAUACAUCCCUCUUUAGCUUUUUGAAGGGAGAAAAACUGACAACCCCCAGUUGGCUGAGAAGGAAAUGUGUUUCAAUGUAAACUUCCUUCCUACACUGGUGAGACAAUUGACUGUUUUGUGAUUACUUCACUGUAAAAUCCUUAGUUAUUGUACCUUUAAAUCUGAAAAUAUUUCCAAUAUCUAAGGGUGAUCUGAUACUAUUCUAAAUUGGCAAUAUUGGAGGAGUCGAUUUAUUAAACAAUUCUAACUUAAUUUAGUAAUGUUUUAUCAUUCCCUAAAUUCUAAUGUUUUUUAAAAUGCAUUGAGAUAAAACACUGAGCUCAUUAGAACAUUUUAGUAAGGUUUAUUUCCAUAUUUAAAACGUGAUUUAGGUUUAGUGGGUUGAAGGCUUCACAGAAAUGCUUCUGCUCUUGUUCACUUUUUUUAUAUUUUUUCCUAAACAGAGCAGCGAGUAAGGAGUUUCCAGCUGUAGCUUCUGUUUCUGGUGAUGUAGCUUUUGUUGACAACAGCUGCAGCACUGAGAUGUGAGAUUACUGAGCGUGUAGACAUUUGCACUUCUCUAUUUGAUCUUGGGAGUUGUCAAUCUCCACCGAGCAGGUAACAUUACAAUUAUGAUGUGCUGAAUUGGGGGGGGGGCUGGUGCCUAUCUCCAGCUGUUAAUGGGCAAUCAGGCGGGGUACACCCUGGACAGAGAGCCAGUCCAUCGCAGGGCAACACAGAGACACACAGGACAAGCAAUUAUGCACACACCACCACCACAAACCACUUCCAUCUUUCUUGUUGUCCUAGAUUUUCUUUUCUUUAUUUUGUCAUAAUUUUGUUAAGCGGCUGCAUCAACACUAUAACUUACCAAAUGUCAACAACAAACUUCCUGUUUAUGACAUAUUAUCAACUCUAAAACUGGCCUUCCCACCACUUCACUCGUGUCCACCAGUCAAUACAUCCCUCUCUAGUCAGCCAGUAGUCUCUUAAGGUAACCUAUCAAAUCUAUUGCUGUGGAAUCUGAAGUUGAAUGAUUGAUCCUUGCUGAAGAUAGCUCCAUAUAAGCAAUGUCCAUAUAAAUAUUCAAAGUCAGUGCACAAAAGACAAGUUGUUUAGCAAGUUCCAACUUUGAGCGCUGAUUGUCUUCAUUGCAGUCAAUCCUGCAAACCAGACUCAAAGGGUUUUCUGUGUGUGAGAUAGCUGUGAGUCAUCAUUUAGUAAAUAAGCAAUGGUAUCCAAGGGGAGAGGGACACAAUUCAAAGUGGUAAUAUAACAAAGUAUUUUAACCCAGAGGACAUUCCCAUUAAACAUCAGUAAAUGAGCCCGGCAUCCCAGGGGAAUACAGUGAGCUAAAGGAAUCUGGCAGUCAUAAUUGGUGUCAAAUUAGCUCUAUGGCAAAUUUUUAAUGUAUAUAUUAAUGAUUGGGGGUUUUAUAGGCCCUCUCAACACAUUUUGGGUUAACAGGUAUUUAUAAUUAUAUGAAACUGUCAUUUUAGGCAUAUUUUAUAAUCGUCCUAGAUUUUCUUAGAACAAGGCACUGUAUUUUGCUUUUUGAGAUCUGUUGGUCUAAAUUCUCUUGUACAGCUCUGACUGCUGUCAGGUGUGGGUGUGACAAUCGGAAUAAUUUCAGCCAUCAAAAAAUGUGGUUGCAGUUAUGGUUCAUCAAAGUGACUGUGUGUAGUUUUUACCAUUAAUCUCAGGAAAUAUUCAUUGAAAUGUUGUUGUAAAUUAAUUAAAAGAUAACCAGUUGUUGAAAAAUGUUGGCAGUUUAAUAACAUAUAACCAUAAUAAAUGGGGUCUAAAAUACAUGGGAGGGGGUCUAAGUCUGUGGGCGACGCCAUAUUGGAUUCCAUGUUUUCUUUUACGGAAGCCCGUGAGGACAGAAUGCGUUAACUGAUUUGUAACAAACUGUUACAAAACUUUCGGCAUUAAUAAAUAUUGUUCUUUUACACAUUUACCUCUUCACUCAUUGCAAGCGGUGAAAGGAAAUCUGAUGGUCUUGUUAUUUUGCUGGAGGUUGCACUGCCAGGGAUUUUUGACCCUAAUGGUCAUCCGUUGGUAAGAUCUUACUUGAACACAAAAAUACUGCUUGCUUGCAAUGAUUUAGGCAUCUACUGCUCCCUAUCGGCAGUGAAAAUACACACUGUCAUUUUAAAUUAAGAAAUAUUUCUCCACAAAGGUCAGGCUGAUUAGGAUAUUUUGUCUUUUUUUCCUCAUUGUUGAAAAAUAUUGUUGGCCUUUUAACAUAUAAUCAUAAAAGUCGGAUCUAAAGUACAUAAGUGUCUGGGCAACGCCAUAUUAGAUGUGAUGUUUCCUUCUAUGUGAGCUUGUGAGGACAAAAUGCUUUUACUGAUUUGUAACAAGCAGUUACAAAUCUUUCACCAUUCAUUAAUGUUAUCGUUUUACACAUUUACCUGUUUACUCCUUGCCAGUGAUGAAAGGGAGUCUGAUGUGUUUCUCAUUUUGCUGGAGGCUGAACAAUCUGACAGAGUACUCGUUCAGAAAUUGUGCUCCCAUGGAUUUUUUACCCUAAUGGCCAUCUGUUGUUGGUAAGAUCUCAUUCAAACUCUAAAAUACCUCUUGCUGGCAAUGAUUUUGGUAUGUGCUGCCCCCAAUCGCCAGGAAAAAUACACACGUCACUUUAAAUGAAAUCAUGUUAAAACUACAUUUUACGUUUUAUCAGAUUACUUUUGUCUGAUAUUGAUAUUUGUUUGUAGGCUAGAACUGGUGUACCUUUACAGCAGUGAAGUUGGUGUAGGUCUGCAUGCAGGCUGGUAUCACUGCAGGUUUCAAUGUAUUCUCAUACACUUUCAUUUUGUUUAUAUUGCCUCUGAGUGCAUUCAGUCUUAGGCUUUACUGCUAUGUGCAGGGAUGGGAAAUUGCUUCAAUUUGGUGAGAAUUCCUUUGCUACAAUAUGUCUUGCUUCCCGUACUCAACUUAAAGGUCAACAGCAGACGAAUGAUGGAACUUGGGUUUUCAGUCAAUUUUCGCAAAUCCCUGCAGAGCUGCAGUCAUAGCAGCUCCAUUUCAGUCACUGUCAAGUAAAGACUAUCAUGCCCUGCAUGCAAUAAAUAUCACACUGAAUUUUGUGUUUUAUAUAUAUAUAUAUAUAUAUAUAUAUAUAUAUAUAUUUUUUUUUUUUUUUUUGUAGCCACACUAUAUCUCAGAUGAUGGCAGAAAAGGUCCAUGCCACACAAUUAGUGUUGAGAUCUUACUGAGAAUGAGGAGGGCUGAUGUCAGAGAUACUUUGAGUGAUUUAAUGUUGUAACCUCAUAAAAUCUGCCUGAUGGGAAUAUUUUAUUUAAACAAAGAACGUCCCACCCAGAUGUAUGUCUUGGCUAUGCUGAGUAUGUUUUUGAGAUUGCACUUUACAUUUUAAAACAGAAAAAUAUAAGGGCUGGAUUCAGCUGAUUUUUCAAAAACAACAUAAGGGUUCCCGUUCCCCUCAUGGUGAGAAGUAGCCCAAAUAAAUCAGUUUUAUUACUCUGCUUAUAGAAGCACAUUAAUGCUGUAGUUGCAAAAUGUCAACACACAACAUUUAAAUCAUUUACCACCAUAAGAGUUAAGUAGUUUGACAUAAAAUUUUAAUGAAGCUGAUUUGAAUUCAAAUUCACUUGUAGAGUUGCACAUCUUUAACAGCUCUCGUGAAUUUUAACUUCAUCUUCACAUUAUGCAUGUGGCACAUAUAGAACCAAAUAAAUCUGACGAAUCAUACCUCCAACACACACACACGCACACGCACACACACACACACACACACAGGUUGCUACGUGUUGUUGCUCAUCUAUCCAGAAGCAAUUUGACCAGAGUAUGUUGGUAAUGCCUUGCAAAACAAUCAACCAAAUGGUACCAACAACAUACCUCUGCCAAGGUGAGAAUAAAAUGACAUGUAACCUUCUGUGCCAGCAAGUGGUCCAAGUAUAUGAAUGCAACAGUAGUUGAUGGGGUUUGGGGUUCCAAGAGGCAACAACAGCUUGUCUUUAAAUGCAGCUAUUUAUUGUCACACAUAUCUGUAAGAGGCAGGCAUGCAGAAGCUGCUCUGAAUAUCACUGAGCAGCCGCUUGAUGGCAUGUAUUCUAAAAAUGUUAUUUCUGGCCUUUAAAAAAGAAACAGAAAAUCUCUUUAUGUAAUUUUAAUCCAACAGCUGCUUUUUUCCAGGUUGUUUUAUAAGAGAUCUGCUUGCACCUGUGUUCCGUUGAAGCUGUUUCGUGUUCAUGAGACUUCAUUUAAAAUGAGUGUGUUGCAGCUAUUUCUGGUCUGUCAAUUGUUGUGACAUUUUUGUCACAUUUUUAUAUUUAACCCUCUGGAGGCAGGUUUGCAAUGUUAAAACCUACCUGCCUGGUUACUCCACAUACGUGUUUCAUGAGCAUUGUUUAACUCAGAAGUACUCCUGAAGGACUUUGUUGUUUGUCCUUUUAUCAAAAUAUAUUUUGAGCCUGAGAGGGUUAAAACAUUUUGUACUGUUCAUAGCCACAUUGUUUGUGUGUGUGUGUGUGUUUUGUUUUACUGUGGAGUCUUUCUUGUGUGUGAUCUGAGUGAGGUAUUCUGCCACACAGAAGCAUUUUGAAUAUGCAGCUGUAUGCUUUUAGCCAUCAGAUAUCUGGCAAUUGUUUAUUCUGUAAAAGAAACUGAUUAUGAAUUUGGCAAUUAAAUGUAUGUUGCAUUAUUGUGCAAUCAGCCACGAAGAAGCACUUUUGAAAAACUGAAGUGCGUAAAUCAGCUCUGUUCUUUGCCCCCUUUUAGGAACACCAUAUUUGUGAAUACAUUUGUUCUACUUGCAGGAAUAUGAACUACUUUUAUGUCAACGUUACAUUUUGAGGUUCAUUCUGUUGAGGGUGAUACAAUGCAACCAGUUUUGUUCUCUGUUGUUUGUUCGUCUAUGAAAAGCGAUGUUCUCUGCUGCCUGCAGUCACAGGAAGCUCUACGUUGAAUGUAAAAUAUUUGAAAGACUUGGUGUGUUUUGUACUGUUUUUACUUUGGACAGGUGUGAACUCUUGACUUUCCCAGUCAGUUGUAGAAACAGGCAGCAAUUUUAAAGUCUUUUGUAACAUUUCCCAGCUGGUCUGGGGGUGGAUGAACUGAGUCAGAUUCAUUUUACCAACCCUGACAUCACAAUACGUUAUUUUACACUGUGAUGUACAUUAAAAACCUUUGUACAGUCAGCAGAACUAUACAAUAAAAUACAAUCAUGAACUCA